UUCGAAGUCAUUUAAGCAAACGGCGGCAACCUUUACACAUUCCCAAUCUUGCAGUGUGUUGAAGAUGCUAGUUGUGUGCUUAGAAGGAUGCCACGGAAGCGGCAAGACCUCGCUGUGCAACGAGUUUGCGGCAAAUGGGUUCCGCAUCUUGGACGAGAACUUCCUCGACAUGCCAGCGCACUCGCUGCAUCCGCAGUCCCUGUUCAUGGAGACGAAGUGGGUGUGCUCCUGGUUUGACCGCGUGCUGCAGUUAUCUCACAAACCCAACACCCAGCGCCAAGUGUUCUUUGCCGACCGAUCCCCGUUCAGUGCUGUGUUCUACGCCGCGCACGGCAAGUUGCUCGAACCCCUCAUUCGUGCCCAGAUGGAUGAAGUGUCCAAGUUCGCCGACAUCGAAUUCGUUACGCUGCAUGUGAACGUCGAGCGCGAGCUUUUGUGGCGCCGCAUCCAACGGCGAUUGCAAGAUGAGCCCGAGCGCAUUCGAUACAUGGAGCACAAGCGAUCCAAGAUGGAAGAUUGCUUGGCGUUCUACAACGCAUUCCCAUGGGACAUGCAUGUCGUGAACGACGCCCGAUCGUUGCCUGUCCUCGCGGAACAAAUCAUCUCAUCGGUGGCCCACAAGAGCCAUACAAUGCGCGUCUACCUUGAGCGUAUGGUCCAGUCCAAGGACUUUUGCAUGGAGACGGACAGCGACUGCGACAGCGAAACCACCAUGAGCUGCGACGACUCUCCCUUGAAGGCCAAGUUGGCAUCAGUCGAAGAUUCGUCGCCCAUUCCCAUGCACUUUGAGUAAACCACUCAAAGCAUACCGGUAUCAUGGUGGGUGUUAGGUAGAAACAAACAAACCCAAGCCUUCAGGCUCAUUUAUUAAUCUAUUCCGUAUUGUCAUACAUCGGCUA